AUGCGUCGCGUGCUGUCCCUGCGCCAUGCUUUCUGGCCUACUCGAAAGCUGCCCCUCCCUGGCAGUGAAGGACAGAAGCAGAUUCUCAAGACUUUGGAGGCUGAUGUGUGGCCUGUCCUUGCCAUCAGCAUUUUGAGCCUGAGUGGUUUGAGCGCAUUGCUCUAUGCCAGACGCUCCAAAGAAGAGCCAGCCAUCAAAGCUCGUCUAUUUUCACGAGAUUUGGAGUAUUUGUGUGAAGGAGGCAGCAAUCUUUUGUGCAGAGCCAAGCCAGAUGCUUACAUUCUGCACUUCAAGAAAGACGCCAGUGGUUUGACACACAACGACUUUGAUCGCCAAAGGCGGAUGCAGCAGUUUCUGUGCAAAGUGUUUCCACAGCUGUGCAUCAGCAUACCCAAGAUCUUGAGCAUCCCAGCCAGCGACAUUCGGACACUGGAUGCCCAUUUGUUGGCAGCUCGAUCGAAGGCUGUUCGCAAGCAACGCCUCGACAUCGGAUCGGACAUCAGGGUCCAGGUGCUUCAAAAAGAAGAUCUCUUCAACGCCUGCCUUUCGCUCGAGAUCUGUCCUGGCUGCGGAUUGCAGGAAGAUGAGAAGAUGCCAUCGAGGAACUCCAUGGCCUACGCCGUGAGUCAUGGACAUCGGAUGGCGGGUGACUUGAAUUUGCAAUUGUUCUCAGGAGCAGCUGUUGAAUGCUCAGCCGCCAUCGCGGCAGCGUUGGAAGCUCACUAUUUUCAUGCUCAGUUCUUUGCUGGAGAUGGAGCCUAUCUUGGAGCCAUGGAUGCCAAGCGAGGCCAUGGGGUACAAGAUGCCCUACAAGGAGCCGAUCUCUCCAUCCCUCAGCUUUCGCAGAUGGCUGGCCGGGCGCUGCAGCCGAUUCUGCCGCCUCUGAGGCGGCUACAAGCCAUGGCCUGUGGCGAUAGCGAAAAAUAUGCCCCGCAGCUGCUGCAGAAGCUGCAGGAAGCUCCAGAAGCUGGAUCUGUGUUGGAUGAACUGAAGGAUGCCGUGGGCAACCCGGAGCGCCUUGAGAUGGCACUGGGGAAAGAGCUGCAACGUGCACGAGGCGCGACAGAUGCAGCCGUGGUCGAGCAACAAGAACGAGAAGCACUGAAGCUUUUAUCCCUCUCAAAGUGGAAAGCGCGUCAGGUGGAAGAAGCCAAAUGCUGGUUGCUCCGCUUCCUGGUGGGCCGGGCAGCAUUCCAGGCCAAGGUGUUGUUCAACUUCAUGCAGGAGAGCAGGCAUGAGAGGACCAACCAGUCCUUGGCUGAACAAAGAUUUCUGCGCGCCAGCGAGCUUCUCCCUGACGAGGGCUGGACCACAGGCUGGUGGGUUCGAGCCACACUGGUUGGCAUGGAGCUAAACAUUGAUGAGAUUGAAAGAAGCAGCUCGGAGCUGGAGACAUUGAUUGCUCACUACACAGAGGUGGCCUCCGCAUCAUAG